UACUCUUUGACUCAUAGUUCAUAGCAGGCUCAAUCGCAGCACUCUCUCGGUUCCGCCGACGUUGGACUUCGUCAGCCGGUGUAAAACCCGCUGUCCUAUCCCUGCUCGCUGUUGUUUGGAGCGCCUGUAUUGAUCCGACUAAAAAAUCGCAGCCACUGUGAGGCUUUUUUCCCCCCAAAUUUUGUGCGCGCAGCGUUUCGACUGUGAAACAGCCUCGCUUUUCCAGGGACACUUCUUUUAUCUAGGAAGUCCGGGAUCAGGAAUUCGAAGUCUUGUGGGCAGCAUCGUUCCGAAGGCAGUUUGGAGGAGGGGGGGGAUGGAUGCUCACAGCAGAGGCGCACCGAGGCAUCCAUCAGUCAGACCCCGGUCCUCUGUGAUGCAGCUGGGGAUCCGGGCUGUGGAAAACCCGUGAACCGACGACUGCUUUUAAAACCUUCACAGACCAGAACCAAGCGGGUACUUGACAUUCUGCACAUGCUGCGCGUGCACACGAGGAGCUGGAAAAGCCUCGUCAAUCUGCUGCUGUCCUCAGGAAAAGGAAAAAGCACAUCCAGCCGUUAAUGUCCAAAUCCCCCUAUCGUCUUCACCGAGGCUUGUUUUCUUCCUGUUCCUGCAGACCUGCCGGGUGUCACUUCUGUUAGAGUGGAGCCAAACGACAACUCCAACAUUUUACACAAGUCGGCAGGAGAGGAACGCACUGGCAUCUUUCCAUGCGCACUCAUUUUUUUUUUAAAUUUUAUCUCUAUUAUGAAGCUGUGACCCCAGUUGUGCCGUGGCAGCCUCCGCACUUUUGUCCACGUGGACGAGAUUCUGAAUGAAAGUGGAAUUAUUCUCAAUCUUUUUAUUUGUUCCCAGUGACGCAACAUCUCACGGAGACUGCAUGACAAAUACAUGUGGAAAGGGCGUGAACUUGCAGCCACUACCCCUCCUCUUCAUCAAUAAAGCCUUUACUGUUCCAUAAGGUUGAUUUGCGCUUUUGUGCAACCCAUCCAUCCAUUUUUUGGCUAAAUCGAAAGUCAUCCCGCAGAAAUCAUGGAUCUCAAAGCAGACUCGGACGAAAUGGACUACAAGCGGCCAGCUCCCAUUGAAGUUUUCGCCACCAGGUCCACCCUUCACGGCAUCUCGCACAUGUUCACUUAUGAGCGCAUGUGCCUGAAGCGCACCCUGUGGAUUCUGUUCUUCAUGCUCUCCGUGGGGGUUCUGGUGAUGGUGUGCGUGGACAGGGUGCAGUUUUACUUUGAGUACCCGCAUGUCACCAAGCUGGACGAGGUGGCGGCGUCAAUGAUCGUAUUCCCCGCCAUCACCUUCUGCAAUCUCAACUCCUUCCGCUUCAGCCGAGUGACUCGCAACGACUUGUACCACGCUGGGGAGCUCCUUGCCUUGCUCAACGGCAGGUAUGAGAUCCGAGAUCCACACUUGGUCGAGGAAAAUGUCCUUCAGGUCCUGAGGGAAAGGGCAGACUUUGAAAGCUAUAAGCCGCGCUCCUUCAACAUGCGCGAAUUCUAUGACCGAACGGGGCACGACAUCAAGGACAUGCUGCUUUCCUGUUCCUAUAGAGGCACUGAAUGUAGUGCUGAAAACUUCAAAGUGAUAUUCACCCGGUAUGGAAAAUGCUACACAUUUAAUUCAGGCAAAGAUGGACAACCCCUGAUGGUGACAAUGAAGGGCGGGACGGGCAACGGACUGGAGCUGAUGUUAGACAUCCAGCAGGAUGAAUACUUACCCGUGUGGGGAGAGACCGACGAGACAUCGUUUGAAGCCGGGAUCAAAGUUCAAAUCCAUACCCAGGAAGAGCCGCCAUUUAUAGACCAACUGGGGUUCGGCGUGGCACCAGGGUUUCAGACUUUUGUCUCCUGUCAGGAACAACGGCUGACUUACCUGCCUCCACCGUGGGGCGACUGCAAGUCUACUCCGAUGGACUCGGACUUCUUUAACUCUUACAGCAUAACCGCCUGCAGGAUUGACUGUGAGACACGAUACCUGGUGGAGAACUGCAACUGCCGGAUGGUCCACAUGCCUGGAGAUGCCCCAUACUGCAGCCCGGAGCAGUACAAGGAGUGUGCAGAUCCCGCCUUAGACUUUCUUGUUGAAAGGGACAACGAUUACUGUGUGUGUGAAACGCCAUGCAACCUGACAAGAUACGGCAAAGAGCUGUCUUUUGUCAAGAUCCCCAGCAAAGCAUCCGCAAAGUACCUGGCCAAAAAAUUUAACAAAACAGAGCAGUACAUAGCCGAUAACAUUCUGGUUUUGGAUAUCUUCUUUGAAGCUCUGAACUAUGAAACCAUUGAACAAAAGAAAGCCUACGAACUGGCAGGCCUUCUGGGCGAUAUUGGAGGUCAGAUGGGUCUAUUCAUUGGGGCCAGCAUCCUCACUGUUCUUGAACUCUUUGACUAUCUAUAUGAGAUUUUAAAAUACAAGCUGUGCAGAUGCAUGAAGAAGAAACACAAAAGCCGCAACAACAACGACCGCGGAGCUGUGCUGAGCCUGGAUGAUGUGAAACGCCAUGCUCCUUGCGAGAAUCUUCGCACACCGUCCACAUAUCCUGGGAACAUGCUACCUCAUCAUCCAGGCCAGGGAAACUUUGAAGACUUCACUUGCUGAGCAGGCCUUGGUGAAACAUCAAAGUGCACGUUAUGCAACCAAAGCCAACAAUACAGCAAGAACUAUCCAGAGAAUACGUGAGGAACUAAUCAAAUUAAGGCGAGGGACUUUUGAUAUAAAAACUGAGGGUGAAAAAAAUGGGUGAAUUCAACUUGACAAAGAAUUUUCACCCAAAGGCCAAGUGAAGAAAAAGCCCAGAAUCUUUCAAAUGAAUCUGUUAAUUUUUAGGACAUUUCAUGCAGCAUUCAACGCUCUUUGUGUUUUUCUCUGGAAUACUGCCACAAAAGAUUCUCGUGGAGAGCGGCUAACAACAUGGAUCUUUCUUUAAGCAGGCGAAAAAUAACACAGAGUUACAAAUGGUUAAUAGGAGUGCAAUUCUUUCACUCCAUCAAAAGCAGCAGAUGAGUAAAAGGGACCUGUGUCUCAACGAACCACGCAGCACCUGCUAAAGUGACAAUAUUCAUACUUCUCUCCACUCUACAUGUAGCAACAAAUGAACCUGUUGCAGUGCAUCAUGGGAAGAAAAAGAAACAGUACGCUGCAUUUUUUUUUUCAGAAUGUAUCUUCAUUCACUGUGAGUGCAGUCAAGUGCGAUGGAAAGCCUUUCAUGGUUACAACGGCAGAGAUGGUGAAAAUUUCAGGUUUCAUCCUCAUGUAAUUGCAUGCUUGUAUCUGUCCAGCGCAUGUUUUUCAUUUCAUUUCUGAUUCUUAUUAAUUUACAUAUCUUUAUAUAAUCUAGACUGUGUAUAAAGUAUAUAUAUAUAUAUAUACAUACACAUAUAAUUACCAAAUUUGCCUCAGUGGUUAACAGGAAAAGUAAAUGACUUAUUUCAUAAAUGACUCAUUGAGUGUAUCCCUGUAUGUGUGUGUGUGGGGGGGGGAGUGUAUGUUGAAAGUAUGAAUCCUGAAGUGUUUUGUUUUUUUCGGUAACAUUAGUUCCCCAAUAGGAGAGUGUAAGAACUCCACCUAAAUGCAUUUUAUUGCAGUUGAUGUUUUCGUUUUCGCAUCUGCCCAAUAAAUCAGUGACUUUUCACUCAGCAUCAAGAUGAAAUGUGUUGUUUCUGUGUUGUUGUUUUUUUAAUCUUCUUUUUUGUCAGGGUUUUUUUUUCCUCAACAUUUGUUAAUGACAUUUUUGAAAGUUUUGUAAGGCUGUCAAAAAAUUCUGUAUUUGUGCUCUAAUUACACACGUCUUAUAAAAGCACAAUGCCGCCUGUAUGUAGAGGUGAUGUAAAAGAAAACGUACUAUUCUUCUUACUAUAUUGUCAUAUUAAUAAUAUUGUGUUGACCUGACUGCUUUUCAUUAUUUUGUUUUUUAUUUUAGUUGGGUUUUUUUAAUAAAAAAACAUGCUCUGUAUAGCCUGAUUACUAUGUUAUCACCCUCCAGGCUAAAAGCUAAUCUAUUUAGUUAUCAAAGCAUAAAUAAAUGUAAAUAUCAUUUUGGAAAAAUGGUUUGUCUUCUGGGGCUUUUCUUUUAAUUGUGGUUGUGACUUUCCAUUGUUUUUUUCUGAAUAAACAAUAAAACAGGCUUUUCAGCUUGUCUUAAGCAA